UAGUAUUGCUAUUAUUUGACAAUUGAUUUUGAAUGUGAUUACAAUUAAUGGCAUAUAUUUGACACACAAUUAGUUGAAUAUUUGCAUAAUGUAUGAAUUGUGAUAAAACAUAAUCAUUAUAUUAAUCAUACAAUAAGUUUAGUCAUAAUGGCGUUACGAGUGAAACAGUUGUCGACUCUUGUGGGCAGUUGUGUCCUACAUCUGAUGGUGGGAUCGGGUAAUACUUUGGCAAAUCUCAACACUUAUAUGACAUCGUAUUUGCGACAAAAGGCCUCAAGAGAUGCCAACUUUGGUGAGAGUGUGUGGUAUACGCCCGUCGGUGUCACUGCCUUCACACUCUUCACUAUCAUCAGCGGAUUCAUUGUCAACAAAAUGGGCACAAGAGUCACCUGUCUAUUGGCUGCCGUUGUCUUCUCUGGUUCAAUGGCUCUGACAUCCCUGGCUCUCGACAACUCAUUCAUAAUGGUUUUGAUGAGCUAUGCAUUGAUGGCCCAAAUCGGCAACGGAUUGAUAUACUCGUCAGUGAUCGUCAAUUGCAUCAAAUGGUUUCCCAAUAAUAAAGGACUGGUCGCCGGUGUCAUCACUGGUAUCAACGCUUUCAGCUCUUUUAUCUUCACUCAAAUUCAGACGUUUUAUUUAAACCCAAAUAAUGUUAAACCAAAUUCUGACGGAUAUUUCGAUGAAACAGAAAUGUUGUCAAAAGUUCCCAAACUAUUCAAUCUGUUGAGCGGUAUCUACGCUGUGAUGGGAUUAAUAGGCGUUUGCCUUAUAUUCGACUCCGAAGAGCCUCGACCUAACCAUACCGUCCAAACGGAUCCCAAUGACAACCCCAUCAGUACAUCGAUGAACUUCGAUGACAACGAGAUUCUUGUGACCACUACUACUCACAGUGUAUUCCAAACCCAGUAUUCCAUUCGCCACGCGAUAAACACCCGGUUCUUCACGAUGUUAUGGUUCACAUUCGCGUUCAGUACGCAAAGUGUCUAUUUUAUAAACUCAAUGAUCAAGGCCUUUGGUCAGAGCUAUAUCAACGACGACCACUAUUUGUCAGUCAUUCUCGCCUUUUCUUUCGUUGCCAACGGAAUCGGUGGUGUCUUUUGGGGCAAAGUUCUGGAUCUCUUAAAAUUUAGAGACACGAUAAUCGUGAUCAACGGCAUUCUAGCGACGUCUACAUUCUCGCUAAUCAUUUCCAGCUUUUUCUGUCAGAAGUUAUUUUUUGCGAUUUGGGAUUUUGUGUUAUUUUUCGCGGGCGUCGGUGUGUUUGCCUCGUAUUUGCCGGAAGUUGUCCGCAAGUUUGGCGACACCAACGCCAUCACUAUCUACGGUCUCAUACACACGGGACCUGUCAGUACAAAAUGA